CUGCCCCCUCCAGUGCUUUUCAUUACUUCUGGCUUCAAGGACAACAAUGGAGUUCAAGCACAGCGGGCUUGGAAUCCUGAGGUUGGAGGAAGCAGAAGGAGCUAGAGCACUGGGGACCCACAGGAGCACAGACAGAAUUUCCAAACCUGCCUUCAGAACCUGCUCCACCUCUACAACCAGAGUCAGGGCGGCCCCUGUGCUGAGGAAAAUGUCUUCUUCCUGGCUCAAGCUGUUGGCGAGCACCAUAGUUCUGGUCCAGACACAGGCUAGCUCGCACUCGCUGCGGUAUUUCUACACCGCCUUGUCCCGGCCCGGCCUCGGGGAGCCCCGGUUCAUCGUUGUUGGCUACGUGGACGACACGCAGUUCCUGCGCUUCGACAGCGACGUGAAAACUCCAAGAGUGGAACCGCGGGCACCAUGGAUGGAGCAGGAGGAGCCAGAGUAUUGGGAGAGAGAGACAUGGAAAGCCAGGAACACAGGGAAGAACUUCAAAUUGAACCUCAAGACCCUGCUUGGCUACUACAAUCAGAGUGACGACGAACCUCACACUCUGCAGUGGAUGUAUGGCUGUGACAUGGGUUCAGAGGGACACCUUCUCCGUGGGUACUGUCAGGAGACCUACGAUGGCCGGGAUUAUAUCUCCCUGAACGAGGACCUGCGCUCCUGGACCGCAACUGACACGGCCUCUCAGAUCUCUAAGCGCAAGUCACAGGACACAGACGAGGCCGACCACCAGAGAGCAUACCUGCAGGGCCCAUGCAUAGACUGGCUCCAUAGAUACCUGCAGCUGGGGAACGUGACCCUGCUGCGCUCAGACCCCCCAAAGGCACAUUUGACCCAUCAUCCUGGACCUAAAGGUGAUGUCACCCUGAUGUGCUGGGCCCUGGGCUUCUAUCCUGCUGACAUCACCCUGACCUGGCAGAGGAAGAAGGAGGAACAGACUCAGGACAUGGAACUGGUGGAGACCAGACCUUCUAGGGAUGGAACCUUCCAUAAGUGGGCAGCUGUAGUGGUGCCUUCUGGGGAGGAGCACAAAUACACAUGCCAUGUGUACCAUGAGGGGUUGCCUGAGCCCCUCACCCUCAGAUGGGAGCCUCCUCAUUCCAUGGUCCCCAUCAUGGCAGUCAUUGCUGUUCUGGUUCUCCUUGGAGCUGUGAUCAUUGUAGCUGUGGUUGCUGUUGUGAGGAAGAGGAAGAGAAACACAGGUGACUUCCUGCUCCCAUUGGCUCCAAGAGAACAGUCUAGAAGGCUCUAUGAAGACAGUUACAAACUAACGACCAUUCUUUGGCUCCCCCAAACUCCGAAGAUGGGCAUCCCUGUGCUUCUACUGCUGGCUGCUGCCCAGGGCUCCGCCCAGAAACAGACAGGCUCACACUCGCUGCGAUAUUUUGCCACCGCCAUUUCCCGGCCCGGCCUCGGGGAGCCCCGGUUCAUUGUCGUGGGAUACGUGGACGACAGGAAGUUCAUGAGCUUUGACAGCGACGCGGAGACCCCGAGGGCCAAGCCUUGCUUACCGUGGGCGGAACAGAUGGGGUCGGAGUACUGGGAGGGCCAGACGCUGAAAUUCAAGAAGGACACACAGAAUUUUCGAAAGUGCCUUCAGAACAUGCUCCACCGCUACAAACAGAGUCAGGACGGUUCUCACACUAUCCAGGACAUGCAUGGCUGCUACGUGGGACCAGAUGGGUGUUUUCAGCGCGGACACUAUCAGCAUGCCUAUGAUGGCCGUGAUUACAUCACCCUGAAUGAGGACCUGCGCUCCUGGACCGCAGGAGAUAAAGUGGCGCAGAGCACUCAACGGGAGUGGGAGGAGGCUGGUGUGGCAGAGGAAUACAAGGCUUACCUGGAGGGCGCAUGCGUGGAAACACUCCACAGAUUACUGGAGUACUGGAAUAAAACUCUUCAACCCUCAGACCCUCCAGAGACACAUGUGACUCAUCAUCCUGGAUCUAAAGGUGAUGUCACCCUGAGAUGCUGGGCCCUGGGUUUCUAUCCUGCCUUCAUCACCCUGACCUGGCAGAGGGAUGAGGAGGAACAGACUCAGGACAUGGAGCUGGUGGAGACCAGACCUGCAGGGGAUGGAACCUUCCAGAAGUGGGCAUCUCUGGUGGUGCCUUCUGGGGAGGAGCACAAAUACACAUGCCAUGUGUACCAUGAGGUGCUGCCUGAGCCCCUCACUCUGAAAUGGGAGCCUCCUCAGUCCACAGUCCCCAUCAUAGCAGGCAUUGCUGUUCUGGUUCUUCUUGGAGUUGUGAUCAUUGGAGCUGUGGUCAUUGGAGCUGUGGUGGCUGUUGUGAGGAAGAGGAGGAGAAACACAGGUGGAACCGAAGGGAACUAUGCUCUGACUCCAGCCAUGAAUGUGCCUUGUCCUUUCUUCUUCUGCAGCAGCGGCAGUGCUCUGAGCCCUGUCCUAUCUCUGGAGGCCUGAAAAGGUGACACCCUGGGCUGUUGGGAACUGUGAAUUUGCUUUUUUUUCCCUUUUUCUUUGUUGACAUUUUGAGAUAAGGUUUCUCUGUAGCUUUGGAGCCAGUCCUAAGACUUGCCAGGUAGCCCAGAAUGGCCUUGAACUCACAGUUCUGCCUCCCAAGUGCUGGGCUUAAAAGCACGUGCCACCACCGCCAGACUGGAAACUGUGAACUUUCUAAAUAAACUUUAUAUGCAAUAACAUGAGUUUUUCAAAACUAAUACUUUGUUUAAACAUCAAAAUUUUAGGGGGCUGGAGAGAUGGCUCAGUCGUUAAGAGCAUUGCCUGCUCUUCCAAAGGUCCUGAGUUCAAUUCCCGGCAACCAUAUUGUGGCUCACAACCAUCUGUAAUGAUGUCUGGUGCCCUCUUCUGGCCUGCAGACAGACACACAGACAGAAUAUUGUAUAUAUAAUAAAUAAAUAAAUAAAUAAAAUUAAAAAAAAUAAAAAAUUUACUACAAUUUCAUUAUAUACAUUGCCAUUUUGAACUUUGAUUUCAAAAAUUAAAUUACCUUUAGUAACAUACUAUAUUUUGUAAACAAAGAUGGAUUUGUAUAAAGGCAAAAAAGAACUUUUUAAUGGCAGAUGAUAAUUUAAAAACACCACAUAGGAAUUCCAUUAAAUGUGCUGCUGGAGUGGCUAUCUUUGACUCUUUCACUGGCUUCUGGGAUCCUACUCCUCACACUUGGCCCUUGCCCAGCUUUGACACAUGGAGAGGUGCUUAGCCUUACUGCAACUUGAUAUGCCAUGUUUCAUUGAUACUCGUGGGUGACCUGCCCUUUCCUGGAUGGAGAUAGAAGAGAUAG